AUGCAGCUUGCAGUGACAUGCAUACCUAGGUGUUCAUGGAAUAGGAUGACAAACAUGCACGCCUGGUCUGACAAGAUCUUGCAUCCUCUUCUGCGAAUCAGAGCACGAGACAUUGGGAAAAUGACCACAAGAGAGGCCGAUAUUUGUCUUCGUACUUCAGCUGGGGCCCAAGGCAUCUCUCAGCAUAUACAAGAAAAGGCUUCAGAUCCAGAGCACUUCAGCUAUCUAGUCUCAUUGCUUCUGCGUGUUUAUGACCUGGUACACAUCUACGAAACACUUACAUUAACUACACUAAAAGCCGACUUGAGGAAUCCACGCAGUCUUGGUACCCCAGAGUUCGUCAUCAUCGGCUUCUUUCAGCCUGCUUUGUCCAUCAACUGCUUGAUCAUCAUUCAAGCCCUUGAGCCAGAUUUUCACACAUCCAUCGAUUAUUCGCAUCUUGCACUGCUUUUUGCAGCCGAUCUGUUGCUUGUGAGCCCAACCAAGUCCGGGCCUUCAUCAUCACCAAAUGACAAAUCGUCUGACACCUGCAUAGAUAUCUCAGUCAUACAUUCUCAUUCAAUGGCGACCAUGGAACCGACCACUGGUGUAGCACCUUUCCUCUCCAACCAGCCUGAUAGGCGACCUCAGCAUCUCGCUAUACCUGCCUCUACCGAUCACAAUGCUUUGUUGGGCCACUUUCAGGGGUUGAGCCUUACGGGCAUGACUUUGCCUGCUCCCCAGGGUGCUCCCGUUCCCAUGCCACCACCCUACAUGGUUUCUCCCGAUGGACUCAUUCUUGCCUCCAUGCCAGGUUCACAGUCAGUUGCCAUUAACCACCCAAAUGAAUCGACCUAUCCUGGUUACCAGAUGAAUGGAGCCUAUGCCAACCCAUAUGCUCUAUCCGGUCCGCUCGUCCCCUUCACUCCUGCUCGCGCCAAUGCUGGACAUCCUCGCGGUGAUCGAACUCAGUCCGAAGUUCCUGGCUUGGAGAACCGCCGCGGCUCCUACUCGACCACAGAAUCCGCGCCUGCUACCCCCUUCUACGGGAGCUGGCCAAAUCGUGAGCAUGGUCCACGAGUUCACAGCGAUCGAUCAGCGUACACAACUCCUUCUCCCCAUCAACUCCUCGGCUCUCACCACGUCGAAGCUACGACUAAGACAAAGCCUUCUCCAGUGUCUGAUCACGUCCUGGAUGAGAUUUUGGCAAAGGAACCUGCCAUCCCUACGGCAGUUCCUGCAGUUUUCACUCCUGCAGGUCAGAUGAAGAGCCUUGAACAAAGCCUCGAAAAUCGAAUCCCUGGCAACCGCAAUGUCUAUAUCCGUGGCCUUUACCCGACCACCGAUGAUCAAACCCUCUAUCAAUUCACUUCCCGUUUUGGUGAAGUCGAGACUUCCAAAGCUAUCAUCGAUACUGCCACCGGUGCGUGCAAAGGAUUUGGCUUCGCAAAGUUCUUUGACGUUGCUCAUUCUGAGAUGUGCAUUCGCGGAUUCCAUCGUCUUGGAUACGAAGUCGGCUUUGCUAGGGCAUGUUCCCCAAACCCAUGGAUGAGUGUUGAGAAGGGUAAACUGACAUUUGUUCAGGAGUCUUUCAACUCUCGUCUCAAGGCUGAGGGCGACGACGACUCUACCAACCUGUACAUCUCGAAUCUUCCUAAGUCUCUGACAGAGGUGGAACUUGGCGCCAUUUUCAGGGAUUAUACCAUCUUGUCCAGCAAGAUCCUUCGCGAUAGUAUGGGGAAUAGCCGUGGUGUCGGUUUCGCUCGCUUUGAGAACCGAGACAUUUGCGAUGAUGUUAUCGAGAGGUUCCAUGGUUCGAGUGUUGGUGAUGAAGGACUUCUCAUGAACAUUCGCUACGCUGACACUCCAGCUCAGAAGGAGUUGAAGCGAGUCACCGCUGAGCGUCGCCAGUUCCGAACGAACGAGUACAACAUCGGAGCCUACGGCACUCCCCUCGUCGGCUAUGGUGGCUCCAUGUACCCUUACCACGCCCAGAACCGACGAGCAGCCAUCCCUAUCACCCGGCUUCCCAUGCCCCCGGCUCCAUCUGUGUCCGAUACCAACAAUGAGACUCGACGCCUGGCUUCUCAGCGUCAAUCCAUUGGGACGGCUGCUAUCGGGAGCACCGAUGAAGUGAUUUCCACACCCGCACCAUCUGAAUGCGACGAGAACGCCACCGUUCACGUAGAUGCAAUGGUGGCUGGCUCAUCCUUCGAUGCGUCCCCUUCAAUCAAGAAGGACAUCAAGAAGGACGUAAAGAGGGAGAUCCAGAAGGAGGUCUAA